AUGGGGGUCCACAACUCUUCCUUUUGGCUUGGCCACUUCUUCCCAUUACUCCUACUACUCGUAUGCGGCGUACUGGCCGACAAUCACCGUGUGGUUGUCUACUACCAAACUACGAAUGCCAACGGCUCAUCGGGAAAACACGUAUCACUGUUGCCAUUAUUAUACAACAAGAAAGAUAUUUCCGUCACCCAUAUCUUGCUAGCAGCUAUUCACUUGAACGAUACGGACGGCGUUCAUCUGAAUGACUUCCCGCCAUCCGAUCCCCUGUUCGAUGACGUCUGGACCGAUAUUGCAAUCCUUCAGAGCAGAGGCGUCGUCGUCACUGGCAUGCUCGGUGGAGCAGCACCGGGAUCUUUCACGCGCCUAGACGGCGACGAGGAACAAUUCGAGAGGUACUAUGGCCCUCUUGCUGAUAUGAUUGCUACGUACAAUCUCCAGGGUCUCGACCUGGAUGUGGAGGAACACAUGUCGCUCGACGGAGUCAUUCGACUUAUAGACCGAUUACGCUCGGAUUUUGGUCACGACUUUGUGAUUACUCUGUCCCCUGUUGCUUCUGCACUACAGGAAGGAGGCAGCAACCUGAGCGGUUUCAGCUACAUUGACUUGGAGGCGCGUCGUGGAGAUGACAUUUCUUUUUAUAAUGCCCAGUUCUAUUCUGGCUUUGCGAAUCCUAGUUCAACAUCAGACUACGAGGACAUUAUUGACUCUGGGUUUGCACCUGACAAGGUUGUCAUGGGUUUGUUGACCAACAGUGCGAAUGGGUACGGGUUCGUGGAACUCAACACCACCGGAAGCGUCAUAAGAGAGCUUUCUGCAGAAUAUCCCGACUUUGGUGGCGUCGCCGGAUGGGAGUAUUUCAAUAGUUUACCUGGUAACAUAACUGACCCCGAAGACUGGGCUGAUUGGGCCGCCGAGCAAAUGGCUGCCGGCGAGGAUUUGGAUACUUCGACCGUACAGUUCCGAACGAAGAGAGCUAUGCAUGACACUUGGCAUGUAGUCAGGCGCUGGGGUAGACAGAUUGACCGGUGGUUGCGGUAG